AUGUCUGAAGGUACUACCACAAGCAUUAUUCUCGUCAGCAAUGACAAUGCCUCUAUCACUGUUGAUCGUGCUGUCGCAGAGCGAUCCAUGUUGAUCAAGAACAUGUUGGAGGAUCUCGGAGACGGUGUCCUUUCCACUCCAGUCCCUAUCCCUAACGUCAAUGAGGCCGUUCUCCGCAAGGUUAUUGAGUGGGCUGAACACCACAAGAACGAUCCAACUCCAAAUGUCGAUGACGAUGCCGAUAGUCGCAAGAAGACCACUGAUAUUGAGGAGUGGGAUCAAAAGUUCAUGCAAGUGGACCAAGAAAUGUUGUUCGAGAUCAUCCUUGCUGCCAACUAUCUUGAUAUCAAGGCUCUUCUCGAUGUUGGAUGCAAGACGGUCGCAAACAUGAUCAAGGGAAAGUCACCAGAGGAGAUCCGAAAGACUUUCAACAUCACCAAUGACUUUACCCCUGAGGAGGAGGAGCAAAUCCGUCGUGAGAACGAGUGGGCUGAGGAUCGCUAA